AAGAAAGUGGGGGUCUCAUUAAUUACAGAGCAUCUGGAUUUCCAGUAUUUCAGACUUGUGCGUAUUCGGCAGGAAAGGGAUUACCAUUAUGUCACUAAAUUUCAAAGUGUGAAAAGAAGAGAGAUAUUAUCAUUGCUGGAAUCUCCGCGUGGAAUAUGAUCACACAAAAAAUUAGAAAAAAAUUCAACGGAUGAGAGCUACAUUUGGGUAUUUUCUGAACUGAUAAAUUUUCAAAUUGCGCGUUGACUAAGAAAGGCAUUUGCAAGCUAUCUGAUUGGCAUAUAAUGCACCUGCAUAUCAUCAUCACUACACCCACUCCUCUUGCGUGCCAGUGCCAUCCAUAUUGCUUUCCCUUUCACUUUCUGCCAAAAGAAACACACCAACCACAACCUUAAUUCCCUAACGUAGUCCCAGUUUCUUUUUGAUCAGGAGGAGGUUUUCUUGAGGGUAUCCCUGAAAAUGUGCCCUCUGCGUAUCAUUUUGAUAUUUCUGUCGGCGAGUUUGGCCGGAUUUUUGGCAUGGAAGAGCUUCUCUUCAAAGGAAGACGAGAUGGACGAUCUUGGCAAUCACAAUGACGAGAACGGUGAUGCUUCACACAAAUCAAGGCCUCUUGCACAGGCAUGCAAUAAAGUCUCACUGGGUUUCUGGACCCUCGUGGACAUGGCUAGUGGACAGUAUCUGUGGCGCAAUCUAGUGGGCAACAAAAAUAAGGAUGUCAAGGCCAGUUGAGGCAUAGGAUGUAUUGCUACCGAUUCUUUCAUAAUUGUGCAUGGGUGCUCUAAAAUAAGGUUAACAUACAGUGACCCAGAGCUAUCUAUAGAUGGGGUUUUUAGGAUCCAACCCUUUUCCAGGAGUGUGAGAAAGCAGGUGUCUGUCUUGUUCAGGAAUCAACAGAGUGUUGACUUUUGAAAUCAGAUUGUAACUUGCUGUACUAUUGUUAUUUGUGCUUGAAUAGAAUAGUAAUUGUGUGUACAAUUCUUGUACAUAUUUGUCGUUAA